AUGACUUUCAAGCUCGCACUCUCACAUAUUCGUCGUCAGCCAGACUCCAGGGUCAGCGACAUGAAUCUUUGCAGUACACAGGACAUGGAUCAGCUGAGCCGAUGGUGCCCUGCUUUGCCGCGGCAAGAACCCAUAUGUGUCCACGAAGCUAUUCUGAAAAACUGUACUCGCACUCCUAGUGAUGUAGCUAUUGACUCUUGGGACGGAAGUCUUACUUAUGGCGAGCUGGAUCUGCUUUCAGCGCAACUGGCGCGACGUCUCGUUGAUUACGGCAUUACUACCGAUACCAUCGUUCCAUUGUGUUUCGAAAAGUCCAAAUGGGCCAUAGUGGCUGUUCUUGGAGUUUUGCGGGCAGGAGGAGCCUACGCUUUCGUUGACCCAACUUAUCCUCUUGUUCGCAUUGCCAGCAUUGCUCAAGAUCUACAAGCUAAGUAUUUGGUGUGCUCUGCCACUCAUUCGGCAGUAGGCGAUAAACUUGGCAUACAGACCGUAAUUGUCUCGGGGGAACAUCUCGUUCGGAUAAAUUGCCAUCAGGGGCAACCCAUUGACAGAUCAAUCCAACCAGGAAAUGCCGUUUAUGCCGCAUUUUCUUCAGGCUCCACCGGCAAGCCCAAAGGCGUUGUCAUUGAGCAUGGCGCUUUCUACUUGCGAGCAGUGGCAAACAACCAAGUGUUGUCUUUGGGCCGGCAUUCAAGGGUUAUGCAAUUUGCCAAUUAUGUGUUCGAUGUCAGCAAUCGGGAUAUUCUCUACACUUUGAUGUUCGGCGGCUGUAUCUGCGUGCCGUCCGAAUCUGACCGUUACAACAGAUUGAUGGCUUUCAUGGCCGAGAAAAAGAUCAACUGGGCUAGUUUGACACCGUCUCUUGCGAACAUUCUGAACCCAACUGAGGUGCCUCAUUUGCGCCAUCUAAUCCUGUGCGGUGAGCCUAUGACUUCUCUUCACAUCGCCACCUGGGGGGAAAAACUCAACCUCGUCAAUGCAUAUGGUCCCUCUGAGACUACCACUAUCAGCUCGCUGCGACCCAAUAUUAGUAUCCACGAUCAUCAUACAAACAUUGGCCAUGGGAGCGGAUCAAACAUUUGGAUUGUGGAUGUGCAAGACCCCAAUAAGCUUCUUCCUAUUGGUGCUGUUGGUGAAAUGGUGAUUGAAACCCCCAGUAUCGGCCGGGGCUACAUCAAAAAUCCAACUGAAACAGAGGCAUCCUUCUUGCCACUCCCAGCCUGGCUUUCAAAUCUUCGACCAGAAUCUCCUCCCAUGCGUGUUUACCGAACUGGCGACCUUGGCCGAUAUGAGCCUGACAGCAGUAUCCGUUUCAUUGGUCGCAAGGACGCGCAAGUCAAGAUUCGCGGGCAGCGAGUCGAACUCGAUGAAGUGGAACAUCACAUUCAACGAAGCCUUCGCCACGAAUUUGAUAUACCUGUGAUGGUCGACCUUGUCAAGCCACGGGGUUUAAAAAACGCAUUGCUUGUCGCGUUUCUGGAAAUUAUGCAUGGCGCGAAAAAUGCAGGAAGUGAUAUGGAGAACGCUCUGCGCAAGGUUCUGCCCAAAAUUGAAAAGGAGCUGGGCGCGCUUUUACCCGCUUAUAUGAUUCCCAGUGAAUUCGUCAUGAUUGAGAAAAUCCCAAUGACAUCUACCGGGAAAAAGAAUAGGCGGCAAUUGCGAGAGAUGAUUUCAUCGUUGUCGCUCGACCAAGUGGGCAGAUUACAGGAAUCUGAAAGCAAAGAAUCAGUUCCUUGCUCUGAGAUUGAGCUGCAGCUGCAGAGUAUCUGGACAUCAAUCCUUGGUGUGGACCCGAACAAGAUCAGAUCAUGCGACAGCUUUUUCAGCUUAGGUGGAGACUCAAUCACUGCGAUGCGAGUCGCUGCUCUUGCUCGAUCGAAGGGAUUGAACUUAUCGGUGGCAGAUAUACUCGAGCAAAAGACGUUGGAAAGGCUGGCCCAGAUUCUGUCGACAAGGCCGAGGAUUGACACUGCUAUCCGUGUUACGCCUUUCUCUCUCGUCGGUUCUAGGACGCUGUCUAAUCUUCCCGCGAGCUUGGAAGGACUUGUUUCUAAAAACGCAAUUGCCGACAUUGUCCCUGUCACAGAUACACAGAUAUUCUUCUUGACACAGUGGAGCCUUUCCUCUUUCCGCCUCAUAUUGAAUGGGAAUAUUGAUAUCGAACGAUUGCGCGCCGCCUGCCAAGCCGCUGUAUCUCAACACAGCAGUUUGAGGACUGUCUAUACCCGGCUCGAUAGUACCAUUGUUCAAGUUGUUCUGAAGCAUCUUGAUGUUCCUUUCAAACAUGUGCAGACAGAGCAGAAGCUUGAUUCUAUCUGUCAGUCGGUCUCGAACAUUGCUCUCAGCGAAGCAAGCGUGUCAGGAAAUCCACUUAUCAAGUUUACCCUGAUAUCUCGCUCAAACACGGAGCAUGCACUUAUGGUUCAACUAUCACACGCUCAAUACGAUGGAUACUCGUCACCUGUUCUUUUCAAAAGCAUUUCAGUCGCCUACAACAGCCUUGGAAAGACAUACACUGACGCGCAUCCCACGCCCUACAGCCAUUACAUAUAUGCAUGUUAUCAAUACAGGACUAAGGAUGCUUUUGAUUUUUGGAGGGAAAAUCUCAAAUCUGCAUCAAUGACACUACCAACGAGUCUCCGUCUCUGCCGGGAAGACCGACCGGAUGUGCAUAUCCGCCAGGGCGCUACUGGGAAGGUGCCUCUUCCACCGCAAGACUUUACAAUUCCAACUUUGAUGAAUGCAGCUUUCAGUCUCGUCUUGUCACAGAUGGUGCGGGAUCAGGACGUAAUUUUCGGCGUGGUCAUGAAUACUCGCGACAUUCCCUUGCGAGGAGUGGAAAAAAUGCUGGGGUCAUGUAUCAACAUCAACCCUCUUCGAGCGCGCUUGUCUCAAGCCAGAACAGUACUCGACCUCUGUCAACUACUACAUGAUCAAUACGUCCAGGUUACUCGGCACAGUUACUUGAACUUAUCCGAUAUUAUCACCAAUUGCACCGACUGGGACGGAAACACAAAACUGGGAUUUAUGAUGAACCAUCUUGAUGGGCACAAAAGCCCCGUGCCUCUCACGCUUGAUGGUGCUUUAUGUGAAGAUCUUUCGUGGACCGCAAACAUCCAUCUUCCCGAUCAAAUCCUGAUUCGUUCCAUCACCACCACAGAUGAGUUGCAAGUUCAAGUCCUUACUUCAGAUCGAGUGAUGAGCGCUCACAGUGCCAGCGCUUUGGCUCAAAGACUUGUGGACACUGCACAGGUUCUUUCCAGCUCACCAAACAAACCUCUUUCGUCCUUAGAUCUAGAGUGGACAUUGUCUUCUUAG